AUGAACAUUGACGAUGUGAUUGCAAUAGCAGAGAAAUUCAAAAUUAAGCCUCUUAUGGAGAAAUGCGAACAUUUUAUCGCCAAAAAACUGCCGUCAUCAUCCGUGAUGCAUGCAAUUCGAUUAGCGGAACAGUAUCGAAUGACUAACACCAAGCAGAAAUUAUUCGAUUCAAUCUCGAUUGAUGUAUUUCGAAGUCUUUCUGCGGAUCAGCAUUAUCGGCAAAUGGAUGCUGAACUGAAAGCUGAGCUACUCGAGAAAUGGGGCACUUUCCUGUAG